AUGGACCCCGUCCACCCGUCGUCCGAGGCGGCCGGGACCUCCGGGACCUCCGGGACCUCUGAGACCUCUGAGACCUCGGAGAUCAAGCGCCGGGGCAAGCGCGCGAAACUAAGCGGGUACCUAUCAGAUGGGUGGGCGAGAGGAAAAGAGAGAUCCAAGGAGGAGCUGAUCAAGGGGUGGGAGAAGGGAAGAUUAAUGGCCGAAACCGAGUUCGUCAAAGGAAAGACCGGGCUGGAACACUCUCUGGGUCUGGGUGCCACGCCGAACGUGAUCCCGCCGGGCGAGGCUCGCGUGGACGGCAAGCUUCGAACGGUUGAGAUAGGCUGGCACCCGAUGGCGGUAAUGGGAGGAAAGUGGCUGGCUGAGCAGUCCGGGAAGAUAGUCGCGAAGAAUAUCGGCAAGUACCCUGACCCAACUCAGCACUGGGCGGUUCUGGUUGGCGGCUAUAUUCACCAGCUGUGGAUGGACGAGAAGCUUUGCAUCAUCUACAACAACGAUAAGCUGGACCGGCCGCAAUGGAAAACGUUCGAGGUGGGGAAGACCAGGUUCACCGACGAAGCGGUGAGACAAGCCGCAACCAUGACAAUCUACCAGAUGAGGCUGGAACGACCACUCUAUAACCUCGUCACCAACAACUGCCAGGAUUUCGCUAUCCGUCUCCUGGAUGCCAUUCAAGUCGGCGCUCAUGCUCAAUUCGUGACCAGCUUUGCCAUCUAUCAAGCUGCUACUGGCGAUGGUACAAUCAAAGACCUUUUCGCCGAUGCAUAUCCCGAAGAGCAGGCAAAAGAUCCGGCCAAAACCGGCAUUCAGCGGACGGAUACGAUCGUGAAGGCUCAAAAGGUCAUGGAUGAGAAUACCACGAAGCUGGAUAACCACAAGACCAAGAGAUUUCCGCUUUUCCAUAGUAAAGGCGGAAGCGCCUGA